GGGCUCGGCGGCGCGCACGGCGCGUUCUCGCCUCUGGCAGCAGCAGCACGGUGUUGGCGGUUCUUGCUCCUCAGCCCUGGCGCCGCGGAGCCCUGGUCGUUGGGCCCCCAGCCUGGGUCCCGCGUACCGCACAAGGCAGAAUGUUGAGGCGCAACCUGGAAGACCGGGAUGCUCAAACAAAACAGCUGCAGGAUGCUGUCACAAACGUGGAGAAGCAUUUUGGAGAGCUGUGCCAAAUCUUUGCUGCUUAUGUACGGAAAACUGCCAGGCUGCGAGACAAAGCAGACCUUCUGGUGAAUGAAAUCAACAUGUAUGCCUCUACAGAGACCCCAAAUUUGAAGCAGGGUCUGAAAAACUUUGCGGAUGAGUUUGCCAAACUUCAGGAUUACCGCCAAGCAGAGGUUGAAAGACUUGAAGCCAAAGUAGUUGAACCUUUGAAAGCUUAUGGAACCAUUGUAAAAAUGAAACGGGAUGAUCUCAAAGCAACAUUAACAGCAAAGAAUCGAGAAGCCAAGCAAUUAUGUCAGUUAGAAAGGACACGCCAGCGAAACCCAUCUGAUCGACAUGUAAUUUCACAGGCAGAAACUGAAUUACAGAGAGCUACGAUUGAUGCUACCCGAACAAGUCGACAUCUGGAAGAAACUAUUGACAAUUUUGAAAAGCAAAAAAUAAUGGACAUAAAGAAUAUAUUUUCAGAAUUUAUCACAAUUGAAAUGUUAUUUCAUGGCAAAGCUUUAGAGGUCUUCACUGCUGCCUACCAAAAUAUACAAAAGAUUGAUGAGGAUGAAGAUUUAGAGGUUUUCCGAAAUUCUCUGUAUCUACCAGAUUAUCCAUCUCGUUUAGAUAUUGUAAGAGCAAAUUCAAAGUCACCUCUUCAGAGAUCACUGUCUGCUAAGUGCACAACUGGAACAGGACAGAUAUCCACCUGUCGAUUAAGAAAGGAUCAACAAGCAGAAGAUGAUGAUGAUGAAGAAUUAGAUGUUACAGAAGAUGAAAACUAAUUUUAAGAACAUUUCCAUAUUCGUCUUAAAUGAUUUAAAAUCUGGGAUUACUGAAUUGUAAAACUUUAUACUUACUUGAUAGGUUAAACUUCAAGAUGAAAUCCUAUUAAGAAAUGAAAAAUUAAAAAUGUAUGCUGACAAAAAGUGAAGGUUCUUAAAAAAUAUUACAUACCAGUCAUUUUAAUAUCCAACCUAUAGUAGUAUGUGACUUUUUUGUAGAAGUUCUGUUUUUAAAAAAAAGAUUAUGUAUUUCAAAGCAUUUCAGAUUAAUGACAAUACUUAGUUGAAGGUGCAGCAGUAAGUGGGUGAUAAAAGACUUAAUUCUUCUAAUUAGCUUCUUGUAGGUUAAGGCUCCAGAUUUUCAACACCAGGAAAUCUAGUUACAUACAAAUUCUACUCCAUGAUGCCUUAAGUAAAAAGCAUUUUUAUUUGUAUUAAAACCUUAUGUUUCAUCACUUGAUAUGUAGAUUUACUGUUUUCAACAAGAAUGUAAUUUAAAUAAAGGUAACACUGAUAUAAGGCUUUACAAAUGUUUUAAGUUUCAGAUUUUAAAAGGCCACAUUCACCCUUUACUGCUGUCACACUAAAGCAUUAUAUAUAUAUUACUAAUACUUAGAAGGCAAGUAUUCUAUUGGAAUGUUGCCUCAUCAUUUGGAACACCGUAAAGCAUUAAACAUUCCAUACUAUUCUGCCAGGCUACCACAGUUAUUAAACAUGUACUUUAUUGCUAAAAUUACAAAACAAUUUAGUCAGAGCCUUUCUGUGUAUCUGACACUUCUGUUUCUUUUGGCAAAGAAUUAUGCUUUUGUUAUUUUUAUGAAUCUCAAUGAGAUGUAUAAAAAUUGGGAAUUUUAAAUCAUUUGGUAGGAUUGGAAAAAGCAGUUAUUCACAACAGAAAAAUAAAAGACUUUCUAGAA